UUUGCUCGGCGAGGAUUUCCUCGGUUUCGCUUGAAGUCUGAGGAAUGUCUCCCGCUAACGGCAUCCAGAUGUGCCUGCUUGGCAGCCCACUGCUGGGACACUACUGGGGGGACGCAGGAUCGGCGCGAUCGCGGGGAAUCUGAAGAACUGAUGGAAUGAGACAGAUCAUCUUUGGGAAAAGUAUGGACAUUGGUGCCAGGCAGCUCAGACACAGCUUUUAGCAGUCCCAGGAAGACCGCGGGGACAAUGAGAGUUCGUCUCAAAGGGGAUGCGAUCUGUACCCUUCUCCUGGUGGUCGCACUUUGCUCUUUACUCUACACCCAGCUGGAGCAUUUCGUCCCAAAAGGGCACAAGGAGCCGACCCAGAAGCAGCCUUCAGUAACACAGCAAAUACUCUCCAACCCCAGAGCACCUGGGAGACCCACACCAGCAGAGGCAACAGCACUCAGACCCCAGUUAAUUCCCACUGUUAGACGAACAGAAGCAGCUAACACCAGGGUCCAAACUACAACCCCAGCCCCAGCAGCCGAUUCUGCGUUCAACUUCAAGCGCUAUCUCCUAAACAAGGACAACAGGAACUUCAACCUCCUCAUCAACCAGCCCAAGAAAUGCAGGAGAACACCCGGAGGUCCCUUUCUGCUCAUCGCUAUCAAAUCGGUAGUUGAAGACUUUGACAGACGGGAGAUCGUCCGGAAAACUUGGGGCAGGGAGGGUUUGGUGAACGGGGAGCAGAUUCAGCGAGUGUUCCUCCUGGGAACACCAAGGAAUAGGACAGCACUGGCCACAUGGGAGACCCUGAUGCACCAGGAAAGUCAGACAUACCGCGACAUUUUACUUUGGGACUUCAUGGACACUUUCUUCAACCUGACCCUGAAGGAGAUCCACUUCUUGAACUGGGCUGCUGAAUUCUGCCACAACGUGAAAUUUAUUUUUAAAGGCGAUGCUGACGUUUUUGUUAACAUCGAGAACAUUGUUGACUUCCUCGAGAGACACAACCCUGCUGAGGACCUCUUUGUUGGGGACAUCAUCUACAACGCCCGGCCCAUCCGCGUUCAGAAGAGUAAAUAUUAUAUCCCAGAGACCAUGUACGGGCUCAGCAUCUACCCAGCCUACGCAGGAGGAGGAGGUUUUCUGCUCUCCAGCUGUACCAUGAGGAAGCUAUCCAGGGCUUGCAGAGAGGUGGAACUCUUCCCCAUCGAUGAUGUCUUCUUGGGCAUGUGCUUACAGAGAAUUAACCUCAAACCCAUUCUGCAUGAAGGUUUCAAGACCUUUGGGAUUGUCAAGCCUUCUGCUGCCCCGCACCUACAGACGUUUGAGCCCUGUUUUUACAAAGAUCUCAUGGUAGUUCACAGUCUGAAAGUUGCUGAGAUCUGGCUGAUGUGGAACCUGCUGCACAGCCCGAGGCUUUCCUGUACUCAGAAGAAGCAAGUGAAGAAGCCUUUCCAAUGGAAGAGGAAAGCUCAAACAGCAACACAGGCAUCACCCCUCAGAUAAUGCAGGCAGACUGCAACAAAAACACAAGGAAAAACAGCUGAGAAAGGGAACCUGGAAUUUUUGCAACCAAAUGAACAGACUUUAGAAGUAGAGGGCUUUAGCACGGUCUAUUUACAAUGAGCAAACAACAAAAACUAUUGCAGAAAUGUGCCAAAAUUCCACAUUUGCACACACAUACCACGUAGGUCCUACUCCAGUAAUGUGCCCAAAUAAUCCUAACAGUAUCUUUAAUUUAUUAUUAUUUAUUAGAGUAACACUAGUGCUUAGCAGGCCAAUGUGUACAGACACAUUGCAAAAUGCAGUCUGGGGAGAUGUUUCAGCGUUGUUAGACAUGUGCAAAAUGGAAGGAGAAAGAAGAGACGAGGCCAAGAAGCACAGGGAUCGCUGUCAGCUUGUUCCUUUGAUUAUGGCUGGAAUUACUCAGACUCAAUGAGAAACAAGCAAACUACACAGUUAACUAGAGCAAAGGAAAUCAGGUGUCCUCAGUGGGUGCUCAAAUGAAAUCACUGCCUGGUUUGCUUUCUGUGAGCCUCAGAGGAGAAGAAAAGAACAGCUACUGAAUUGGAGUCCCAUAUGUUGCAGAACUACAAGAAAACAAGCUUGGGGGCUAGGGCUGACACAGCUGGCUGAGCAGAAGCCAUAUGAGUAGGUACCCCUUCCCAGUUAAGACCAUUGAAGGGCCUUUAAAAAAGGAAAAGAAGAACUUUCAGUUGAUCCCUUUUCACAUCUUGAUUUUUCAUUAAUUGUAGCAACACAAGAGUUCAAAGACAUGCCCCACUGACAUGCUGUCAGGACGCAGGAGAGCAGUUUAUGGCACUUCAGCGAGUUCAGACUCCACAUUACGCUGACUGGUGCUCAGUGAAGACUCAGAGCUGUCCAACAGCAUCCAACCUCUCUUACCACGUAAUCCAGAUCUUCAGAAAGCUAUCUGGAGAGAUCCUUUUGGCCUUUUGCUUGUGAGAGUGAAAGCACAGAGCUGCUGCUUGCAUCACUUUUGAGAGCUCCUUCAGACCAAAGGAAAACUUGUCAAUGGACUGGGCUGGUUCCUUCAGACCUCAGUGCUCUUCCUGGCACACAGUCAGCUGCAAAGAGCAGCCAAGACUUUCAACAUUGCCACGGGUGUCAUGUGAAGGAAGAAAGCAGUCUUCAGACAAAAGGGCUUCAGAAUAAAAGCCUUUCUAAACUUAUUGCAAAAAAAGCAGCAGCACAGCAAUUUUUCUGUUGGUAGAUGACUUUCCGUGUUUCAGUUAGUCUGUAACUUCAUAAAUAUUUUAAACAUUCAACAAGAACACUGGACUGCUUCGUUUUUCAAAGAACUGUCAAUACUUCAGAGCACUUCAGAGCAUUUUGUUUUUCCAGCAGCAGGUUACCAUAACAGAACAUCCUUUUCUUGGAUAUCAAAGGGGAAGCAAAUCCUUCCAAAUCAGGGUUAAAAAGCUAUGGUAUACUUGAGGCAAAGAGCCUGGAUUCGCUUUUGAUACUGUAUUUGCUAAUCCUUUUGCAAUUUUUCCCCCCUCAACAAAACAUCUUAUUCAUCAGAGUAUCCCAGAUGCCAUCCCCCUUCAGGAGGACACAUCCACACAGCUUCAAAGGCAAUCACAGAGUCAUGAACCUCCAGGAAGCUGCUUAAACAGAGCCUGCAGCACAGCUGCACUUCAGACCUGGGUGUAUCCUUCCUCCCAUCCAGCUGCAGGCUGGACUUAGGUCUUGUAUUAACUAUGCACACAACGUGAAGGAAAAUAUACUGGUAAUAUCUAUCAACAGACUAUUGAAAAGAGCCUUACAUGUUAUCAUAAUCUUCAGAGUUUAAGCCUUAACGUAUUUCCAUGGAAAGGCUGGCCAUGUAGAAAUCAAAGAACCAUCAGCUGAUUUGGGAUAUUUUCAGGAUGACAGCCUGAAAUCCAAAAUUCUCAUGCAAGCUUCACAAGGAGCUCUGCAAGGUGUGGGAAUAAGCCAGAGCUCAGUGGUGGGAGAAAGCUGUGCCCAUCUGCUAAAGUGUGUGAUAUGUGUGUAUUUAUGAGUUUGUACAGAAACGUAUUACCUGAGAUUAGUUUACAGUUUGGGAAGUUAUUUAUACCAUAAUUAAAAGAUAGCAUGCAGGUA